ACUCGCAUCCUUCUCUCUGCACUGCUGUUGCCUAUCUUUCUCCAAACUAUUCAAGUGCCUCUUUGCACGCUAUAAAGACUAAAGGGACUCCCCUCAGGCUUUACUAAAAACUGAAACUUUUUUCUUUCUUUAUUGACUCUGUCCUCUUGCGGUCUCUCUGUGUGCGCCCCUCAUCACCCUGCGCACUCAUUCAUUCUGUCCUGACAACUUUCCUCCUCGCUCUGAAGCGUGCGAAGUAGAAACCGGAGCACGUGACAAUUUCCGGAGUUCAAUUUAUUUAUUAAUUUCCUAUUUAUUUAUUUAUUUAUUUGUCUCCUCUUGUCUGCUGAUUUACCUGUCUCUUGGACCCGAACCAAUAUGAAAUUGCUGCUCGACUCCUCCUCAUCGCUCCUCUUCUCGCUGCUAUUGGCUCAGCUGCCUGUGUUCUCGUCUGCCUCUCCAGUACCACAGCGGCGGGCCAGUGACAUGGACAAAUUGUCCAAUCAGACCAGAAAUCUAAUUAAGCUCACGCAAGAACUGUUGAGGGAACAUGCAUUUGACUCUGACAUGGAGUCCCACAGGUUCAGGUCUCUGCCAGAAAUGAGCAACAGAUCAGUCAAUGAUCUCAACAAUCUUGAGCUAAAGCCCACACUCUCUCAGCUCCACGCCGACCUGAAGCUGUAUGAGCAUCACUUUGAGUGGCUGAACAAAGUUUCAAAGAAGCACCAUCAUCCUGCUGUACCCAAGCUGAUGGAGAUGAUCAGAGAAAUGAAAUCUCUCAUCAAUCUGCUACACCGUCAGAUGCAGAGAGUUGACGCACCAAAGCUGACUCAAGCAACCCCCUCCCUCCCACCGCACCUUCCCAAUCACUUUGACGUCCUGCAGUCCAGCCAUGAGCUUCUUCUCCAUUUCAGGCUCUUCUGUGAUUGGGCAAAUAGAGCCUUCAUCAGCCUCAAGCCUAAAGUGUCUGCAGUGCAAUGAUUUUUCCUAAAGUGAAAAGCCAGUGAGAAUGCAUGGCUUUCAUCCUUGUUGAAACACAAAACCAGAUUGUGUCAGUGUGCACUGUAGUCUAUAGCAUCCCUUAAGAGACCCAAAUGUCCACAUGAAUGACAUGUGUGUUGAAGAGAGAGUCUUUCCAUGAGAGCCGAUGAGGAUGCCACACACCACAGCAAAGUUAUGACCAUUAAGAUUACUGUUAAAGCAAACUGUCAAUUUAACUACAGCAAUCGAAUCAUGAUUCCCCAAGCUCUCUCCUAAAGGCCUUGCUCAUGACCAUGUUAUUUAUGUAUUUAUUUAUUUAUUGACUGUCAGUAAUUUAUUUAAUAUUAUUUAUUUGAAAAUGUAAUGUGUCACUCUAUCCUUUAUUUCUGUACUAACGUGAAUUUAUGUGCCACGUUUUGUAAUCUGUCUUUUUCUCUUGUGUCUCACUGAUUCUCUGAACCCCCCCCGAAAAAAAAAAAAAACAAAAAAAAAAACAGUAGCACUUCUUCAACCUGCAGCUCUGAUAAUUACUUUUGUUUAAACUGGCUUAAUUUGCUUUGCAUUUGUGUAUUUUCCAGUAGAUGUAGCAUCUGGGACAGCCAAGGUUCUCUCACCUUAAUGUAAACCUUUCAGAGGAUGGUAAUGUUAUCUCUAACCAUGGUAAACAUGUCACGUAAUAAGUUAUCAGUGGAUGCCUUAUCAUAUUCUUUGCAUCUUUUUGUAAAUGUUUGGAUGGUAAUCAAGAGAGGUGAAUACUUACUUUUGUACCACAGUCAGAGUUUCUAUUUUCGAUACUGAUUCCUCAUGUUCUGCAUGAGGAGACAUAUUUAGCAUUGUGGUAAAGUUGUAUGAAUGUGCCCUGUUGCUGAGCACUGAUGGUCCUGAUUAGAUUCUUUGCACAAACUUGUUAGGAUUAGCCUCUUGAAAAGUGAGAUGGCUGAUUUUGAACUUGUGCUUUGGGCUAGAAAAGUUUGUUAUUUUUAGUUAAACACCCAAAGCCUUAAAAUACUAUGUAUUGUAACAUUAUGUUCUGUACAGGUGUACAUAAAUGUACAAGAAUGUAAAUUGUUGUAUACAGUGCGUAUGUAUAUUAUGUUGUUUUCUACAAUAUAAGGUAGAUUACUUUGCCAGUUUCAUUCCUAUAAUUUCAUCCAUUCCUAUUCUAGUAUUUGUUACAGUAUUGAUUAUUUAUUUAUCUAAUUUGGUGGAACUAUUUAUUUUGUCCUGCAGUGGAGCAAGCCUCCUUUCCUUUUGUACUUUUAUACAGUUUUUAUUCAUAUUCACUAUUGUUGUACCAUUACAUUUUAAUUAUUUCUAUAACAUCAACAUGCCUCCUUCACACACUGAUUGGCCUCAAUGUGAACUAUGUGCCUUGGUGAAAUAAAU